CUCUGGUUAUGCAGGAAACCAUUCCUUUGGUGCAGCCCCUGUACAGCAAGGCUAGAGCUUGAGAAGAAGGAGCAGCACAAGAACCAAUCAGUUCAUCUGCUGAUAAGAAGCACGCCGAGAUGCGCUCAUCACUGUGCUGCUUCUCUGUUCACUGUCCAGUCUCAGGUCCAGGAAUCUAGCGGCAGAAAGAAAUUACUGAGGGAAACCCUUGGAGGGUUUGUUAUUUAAUCUUUUAUCUUGUUAUUUUUGGCCGGAGUUCUGCUUUAACAGAGUGACUGGUGAGUGGAGGAAUGGUAGGUAUGUACUAAUAGGUAGGUGUGGGGGAUUAAAGUAAAUCUGUUACUUUGCCCCGAGCGGCAAAAUUCCAGUCUUGAAUUAGUGCCUUUCCCUUUGACCCCUACACUGGGACGAUGAAGCAUUUGUCAACUCAGGAAGAAAUCUGCAUAUUGGAAUGAGAACCUCAUGAGAGGUCAUGCUGGGAUUUGUAGUGCCCCUGUAUACCACGAGGCGUCUUAAAGGGCCCUUGAAAUAUGAUCACACCUAGUGUUACAUAACACAUCCAGAUCAGGGAUAGUCCACCUGGUAAGACAUGUUCUGCUCCGUCCAUCCCACCGGAGGUUGGGAAUCUGGCAAAGAAUGGGGAGGGGGAAAAUGAGAGGUCACACCCAGAGGAGUGCAGAGAAAGUUUUACCUUCAGUAUGAGAUUCACCUGAAUGCUUCCGUCUCCUCCGGAACAAAACAUGGAAUCUAUACAGAAAUACUUCUCACUUCUUACCAUCAUUUUUAGCACCCUGGACUUUCCCGGAGUUACGGCAGAGCUUAUAUUCCACGCCCACGAGGAGCAAGAUGAGGGGACUUUUAUUGGAAAUGUACGCGAGAGUAUUAUAUCACCUACGGCAGUGCGAUUUAAACUCUUGGCACAUACAGACCAUUUCGACUUGGACGCCCAGAGCGGAGAUUUAUACACAACAUCUAAUAAACUCGACAGGGAAUUGUUGUGCCCUUCGGAAACCCUGGACCAAUGUUCCAUGGCACUGGAUAUCUUCACUUCAUCCCAAGAAUAUGCAGAGUUUUCCAAAGUGAAACUUUUUAUUCUGGAUAUCAACGAUAACGCCCCUUAUUUUUUAGAACAGUCCUACACCAUUUCCAUUCCGGAGGACACAACCCUAGGGACCAAAUUUCACGUUGACCACUUGGCCAAAGACCCAGAUAUUCAAGAAAAUGGAGCACUCUCGUAUCUUUUGGUGAGCCCAGGUGACAUUUUUUCUUUGGAUUAUCGAUCCGAGCUGAUAUCCUUGGUUCUAAUGAAAUCUCUGGAUAGAGAAUUACAAAGUGAACACCGAAUGACUUUAAUGGCAGUCGAUAGAGGAAAGCCGCCAUUGUCUGGAACUACUACUUUUGUCGUAAAAGUAACCGACGUGAAUGAUAACUGCCCCUUUUUCCUCGCAAACAACAUUUCUGUGCACCUUCCCAGGGACGCAUCUAUUGGCACCACUGUGGCACAACUUACAGCCAUUGACAAAGACAUAGGUGAAAAUAGCGUCAUUCAGUAUCAUUAUAGCUACAGAGUUUCUGAGUCCAUUCGAAGCCUUUUCCAUCUAGAUAGUGCAAGUGGUACAAUAACCUUGUCCGAGUCAUUACCUGAUCAAAUAAGCCAAUAUAAGCUUACUGUACUAGCCUUUGGGUAUGGCUGUGCACCAGCAAUGGCAACAGUCACGGUACAACUGGAGAUUAAAAAACAAGAGCCUAAAAUGGAAUUCCGCUUCAUUGCUUCUCAACACGAAGGUGGUGUCUAUAUUAAGGAAGACAUUCUGCCGGGUUCAAUCAUUGCCAUCUUAGAGGUCACAGAUCCCGACGACAGCAUCAAGAGACCUCUUUCCAUUACUGGACCUUCACCUUUCCUUUUAAAGCCUUCCGAUUCUUCUCCCAACACCUACCUGCUAUUGACCUCCACUCCGGUGGAUUUUGAGUCAGAGGAUCGUUUUGACAUCCACAUUGUUGGUCAUUCAACUUUGGAUGAAUCUGUUACCUACACCGAAAACCUCACAGUGCUCAUCGAGGAUGUAAAUGACAACCCUCCCAAGUUUGAACAAAGUCUUCUAGAAAUAUCUGUUGAGGAAAAUAAUCCACCAGGAGUAUCGUUACUGAGGGUCUUCGCUUCCGAUGUUGACAGUGGACCAAAUGGAGAACUGAGUUUUUAUUUGGAACAUGAAGAAUCAAAUGAGUUUUCAAUUAACAGCUCCAAUGGGGUCCUAAAAGCUUUGGUGUCUUUCGACAGAGAAAAAGAACCUUCGUAUUCUGUUCGGAUCAUAGUCAACGACCAUGGUUUACCAUCAAAGAAUGAUUCUUGCCUAAUUGUUAUCAACGUCUUAGAUCAAAAUGAUAAUCCUCCAGUUUUUUCUUCCAAGGAGUUUAUAUUUUAUAUCCCCGAAAAUCUUCCUCACGGAGGAAAUGUGGGAAUUUUAAAUGUAACUGAUGUGGAUCGUGGACUGAAUGGUGACUUUUCUGUCGCUUUAUUGAAUAAGACCUCGCUUUUUUCAUUUAACCAGGAUACAAUCCUCAGAUCUCAAGGUUCUUUCGACUAUGAAAGAGAAAGGAUGUAUGAGCUUUGGGUGGAAGCCAAAGACAAAGGGAGUCCAUCUUUGUCCUCCAGGGCCAAAGUUCUUGUCUUUUUGCUGGAUGUAAAUGAUAAUGCUCCUUUAAUAGUUCUCCCAGAGUCAAACUUCUCCUAUGUGUUAGUACCUCCAGAUACAUCAAAAGGAUCUCCAGUUACCAAAGUUCAUGCCGUGGAUUAUGACACUGGCAUGAAUGGGGCCAUAACCUACAGUGAGUUUGGUGAAAUGAGCCCUAGCACCGAUCUUUUUAAAAUCGAUAUGCAUUCAGGUAACAUUACAUUAAAAGAAAGUAUCAUGGAUCAUCAGUGUGGCCUUUAUCAACUCCUGGUGAAGGCCAGUGACCAAGGCUUUCCUGAAGCCCUUUCGACUAUUGUGCGGGUCAACAUUCUACUCAACCAAAGCAUAAGUAACCGGACCUACCUUGAAUCCUUGAUUAUGAGUAAGACGGUCAUAACCCAGGAGAGCCAAGUCAUCUUGUUGAAUCCAUGUCCACAGAACCCCCAAACCAUGGCCAUGUUCUCCUGGUCUCUGACAGCCCCGAUUGCCCUUGCCGUUGUUUCUGUAUUUGUCAUAUGCUGUAUGAUGGGAACCUUGCUGUUUCUUUAUUCAAGGAGGAAAAACUCUAGGAAGAAGCAAAGCCCAGAUGUUCCCCAAAGCCCAGAUGUACAAGUUCCAUUACAAAUAAAUGCGGAUUACUGUGCCAAAGACUGGGACGAGGUCAAGUACUGCAAAUCCUCUGAAACUCCUUUGACACAUCAGUAAACCCAGUCAAUAUGUUGGGACAUGCUACUGAAAAAUUGAUUUGUUGUAAAAUCAUAAUUAUUUUGCUCUAUCUUAGGGCUUUUUAAUAACUCUGUAUAUAAAUUAUUCCUAUUAUUUAAA